AUGAACAGCGCCGAGGCGAAAGAGGCCAAAGAGGCCGAACAGGCGGCACACUACGCGCUGAUUGAACAGCUCGACAUCCACUCCAUCCACAAGUCCUUCCGAAACCCCGCCUGGCGGCCCAACCAGAGGCGCAACAAGAACAUCAAGACCAUCCUCGGCGACGCCUCUCGCAGAGAAGCCUCCCUGGCCGCCACGCCGAUGGACAACGGCUCGGGCGCCGCAACGCCGAACGACGCCGCCGCAGGCCGCGACGACGAGAAGGACGACGGUCUAUCAACAAGCGGCACGUCCACGCCAGCCAACGAGGCCUCCUCCACACCCGGCGGCCCCAACGGCAGCGCGUCGUCGCAGCCCAACCUCGCGCAAGCGUCGCGCAGCCUGUCCAAGCUCGUGCUGGAGAAGAGCCUGCGGCCCAACGGGGCGGGCAUGACGACGGGCGGGCUGAGCGGGGGCGCGGGCGCGCCGAGCGCGACGUACACCAACAUCGAGAGCGCGCCGAGCCUGGCGCCGCAGAAGCGGUACUGCGACGUCACCGGCCUGCCCGCGCCGUACCAGGACCCCAAGACGCGGCUGCGGUACCACGACAAGGAGGUGUUUGCCAUGAUCAGGGGCCUGCCGCAGGGCUAUGCCGAGCAGUACCUGGAGGCGCGUGGCGCGCAUACGGUCCUGAAGUGA